AUGGGUGCCUGUGUUCCCACAGACUGGCCUCACCGGCAGUGGAGGAGGGCUCUGCCCUGGGCCAUGCUGCUGCUGCUCUUAGGUUCCCAGCUCCUGGUGACUCACUGCCAGAGUUCCCAAGAGAAAAGGGACAGUGAUGACCGAAAAGUCAUGGAAAGUUACUUCCCUGCUACCGUGGAGUAUGCCUUACACAUAUUCAACAUGCAGAGCAAAGACGUGAAUGCCUACAGGCUGGUGCGCAUCUUGAAUUCCUGGAAGGAGCAGGCGGAGACCAUGAUGGUGUUCUCCAUGGAGCUGGAGCUUCGCAGAACCAGGUGUGGGAAAUUUGACGAAGAUAUUGACAACUGCCCCUUUGAAGAAAGCUCAGAGCUGAAUAAUACCCUCACCUGCUUCUUCACGGUUGACACCGAGCCCUGGAGAACAACCUUCCAUCUCCUGAAUGAGACCUGUACGGAGGGGUUCCACUGCUUACCUGUCAGCCUCAGUCACCAGGUCAUCAAGGCCUACAGCUGGAAUCAAGUGCAGCCACACCGUCAGGACCCUGAGGAGGAAGCCCUUCUCCAAGGGCUGCUCGUGGGCCCGGGGGCCUGGGCCAGCUGCGGCUCUGGAGGAGGAGAGCCAGUGCCCUGGCAGCACAGGCUGCACAACCACAGUAGCCAGGGCUGA